CGUCCUUUGCCUAUCGUGCUACAAACACAACAUUCACAACAUACGUACAUAUAUCCAUCCAUUCAUCUCCGUCUCCAUCUUCUACCUUCCGUUUUGCCAAAAAGUGUUUCCUAUUUCCCUUCUGCCCUUUCUGUCCAUCCAUCCCCCAUAUUAUAAAGGUUCUGAACCAUGAAGCCCAGCCUGGUCACCCAACUCGCAAAGCCCCGGCUCACAGCCCUGACUGGGCUUGGGAUCAGACGGUACACCGCCGGCCGCAUAGCCCUGGCGCCGACGGCGCUGCACCGCGCAGAAAAGGCCGCGGACAUCAAGGCGCACCCCGAGAGCGCGGCCACGCAGGAGAAGCUGCCGGACCAGAAAGGCAAUCGGCACUGGACCGAGGAGAACGCCACCGUGAGCGAAGCCGAUGUCAAAGCCGAUCGCGAAGCGCGGGAGGAGAAGCCGUCGGGCAAGGCCCAGGACAAGAAGGCGUGAUGAUCCAGCAGCCACGCUCCACGUCGAUGAAUGGCGGCAUUUGGCAUCCAUGAGCCUGUUGGGCAAAAGCCGAGGCCUGGGCCGUCCACCUGCGGAUCGACGGCAUCCGCAUCACCAAGUGAUUUCUCUCUCAUGAGUCGAUGGCGAUGAAUAUUCAGGGGCGGGCAAACGGAGGAUCCAUCGCCAGCCAAAAACGCGGGCUGAUUGAUUUCUUUUUCAAAAUUCCGUCAGGGGUUAGGUUUACGGCUACUACCAAAAUGUUGAAUACAAAACACCCACGGUCUAAACUUG